AUCUUAUUAUGGUUUCCCGGAGAUCCAACCCUGCAGUGAGGACAAAGAUGGCCAAAGUUUAUACGUUUGAAGAGGUGGUGAAGCACAAUAACAAAAACGACUGUUGGAUUAUCGUCUUUGGGAAGGUGUACGAUGUCACCCAAUUUCUUCAUGAACAUCCGGGCGGUGAUGAAGUUUUGGUAUCAGCCACAGAAAAGGAUGCAACAGACGAGUUUGAAUUUGAAGGCCACAGUAACUCUGCAAAAAAUAUGAUGAGCAAGUAUUAUAUUGGUGAUAUUGAUAGACCUGUUGUUCCUGUGAAACACGUACAGAAUCCAACUCAACUACAAAACCAAUCUUCAGGAGUUGCGAUGAAAAUCUUCCAAUUUCUGGUGCCCUUGUUGAUCUUGGGCCUAGCAUUGGGCCUGCGCUACUACGGCAAAAAGGGGUAGUUCAAGUGUUCCACUACAUGAAAUUUAAGGCUGAGCCUAAAGAUUUAAGACAAAGUACAUUUUCCUUUCCCGCAGCCCAUUUCCCUUCUGCUUCUGUUUCUCUUGUUUUCCUUGGCAUUUUCACAUUGUACGAGAAAAGGGAAAAAAGCCAAACAAAAGCGUAAAGCUUGCAAUAUUUUGAGCUCUGAGUAAACAUGUAUGUAUAUGCAUUCU